UUUUGUACUCGCACUUAUAUUAAUUUGAUGGAUAAAUUUUUAUUUAUUUAUAGCAAAUUUAUUUAAUCUGUUUACUUGUUGUGUAAUAGAGGGUGGGGUCCAUAGAUAGAUAUAUAGAUACUGUAUGGCAUAAGUCCUUAGUUUAGAGAGUAAAUAAAAAUAAGUGAUUAUGCAAAAAAUUAAUAAAAAUUCAAUGAAUCUUAAUUAAUUUGAGAUUAAUUGAGAGGUAGAAACUGGAGGGUAAAAAAUAAAAAAAGAAGCUAGUGGGGAAAAGAGUCAAUAAAUUGGUAAAUUAAAUUAGCAAAUCAAAUUUAUUAAUCACUAUUUUUAAUAAAUGAUGAUAUUUAAUUUGAUUGAUCAAGAAUGCAUGCAAUGUCAAACACAUAUUAAUUAAAUAAAUAAAACCUUCUAAGAAGUAAAUUUAGGUAUUGAGGGAAGAAUAUCAAUUAAAUUAAGUGCAAGACAAAUUAAUUAAUUUUAAUUGCUUUUACAAAGUAAAUCUUUUAAUAACUUAAUCAAGAUAGACAAACAACUUUUAGGUUUUCCAGACAUUUAGCAGUCUUUCUCUCUAGUUUAAAUUUCAGACUUUCUGUCAAAUUCAUAAUCAUUAAAAUUAACAAAAAAAGUCAAAUAAAAAAAUAAAUAAACAAAAAGCUGUAAAAUGAAUAAAGCUUUAAUUGCUGUGCUUAUGCUCUGCAUCGUCGGAAGUAGCAUGGCCAAGGUUGAUCCUGAAACAUGUUUCACUUAGGCUGCUGCUUUCACCCACCAAGUUAAGAUAUUCACUGCCUCCGUCCACGCCCAACCCCUCUAAGUUGCCAACUUGCUUGGUAGCGCUUAUGACACUUUCGAAGCUGUCAAUCCCUUAAUCAACGGAUGUGGCUUAGAUUUCCCCUUACUCGAUAAGGUUGAUGGAUUCAAGCCUGCUAAUGCCACCUAAUGUUUCACUGAUAUUGAAACUAUUGCCAACAUCGCCAUCGAACUCAAGACCUCCAAUGAUGUUAAGGAUUUAGCUGACAACAUCAUCAAUGUCUUACCCAAGAUUAUUGAAGCUUUCAAGGCUUUCAAGCAAGCUAAGGUUGAUUGCAAGAUCGUUGAAAAGUAAUCUGCCACUUUACUUGCCAACAAUGGUUUCGAUGCUAACAUCUUCAAGUGCAUUGAAGAUGCUUAAGUCACCUUGAAGGAUGCUAAGUAAUUCGUUAGCGACUACAAGAACAACACCAACAUGACCAUGGUUUAACUUUUCGAUGAAGCUGAAAAGGUUUAUGAAGACCUCGUUGGUCUUAACUAAGACUGUGGAAUCCAAAAACUCACUAACUUCACCCUCCCCUAAGUCAAGAAUGUUGAUGAAUUGAGAACCUGCGUUAAGGACCUCAGCCAAACUGUCCAAGCUGUUGAAAACACCUUCACUAUCUUGAAGAACAGAUAAUUCGCUCAACUUUUCAAUGCCACCAAGGGUGUCUACACCGCUAUCUCUGCUGAUAUUGCUGAAUGCCCCAAGAAGAUCUAACUCAAGUCUGCUGAUAUCUUUGCCUGUCUCGCUGACGGUCUCUCUGUUGCUUCUGACUUGAAGGCUUUCGUUGAUGCUUCCAAGACCAAGAAUACCAAGGAUAUUGUUAUCGGUGCCUACAAGGUCUUAGGUGAACUCGCCCCCUUAGCUAAGGACUGUGACUUGAACUUACCUAUUGAUAUUCCUGAAAUCAACCCCGCUGACUUAGAAAACUGUGCUGCCAACACUGAUAGUUUAGUCCAAACUAUUAAGCAACUCGCUGACGACAUCUCCAACAAGAAGAUCUGGAACGUUGUUCACGAUGCUACUGAUGCUAUUAAGGCUCUUAAGGUUAUCAUCUCUGCUUGCGAUAACCAACCCAAGUUACAAUCAGCUUCUACUGAUAUUAUUGGUUGUCUUAACGGUGCUAAGGCUCUCUAUGAAAACAUCACCACCUUAGUUGAUAACUCUAAGGCUAAGGAUGUUCCCCAAAUUGUUGUUGGUGCUUACACCAUCGUUGAAUCCUUAUAGCCCCUUGUUAACACUUGUGGUAUUAACUUCGAUUUACAUAUCCCCGUUAUCACUUUCCCUGACCUCAAUGGUUGCGUUGUCGACACUCAAUCUUUGAUUUCUGGUAUUAAGAGCAUUAAGGAUGAUUUCAGUGAAAAGAACUAUACCAAGGUUUUCGAUGAUGCUGCUGCUGUUGUUCAAAACCUCUAAUCUAUUGCUGUUAUUUGCAAACCUGCCAAGAACCUCCUUUCUGACAGCAACAACAUUUUAACCUGCAUUAACAAGUCUAAGGAUCUCUACUUAAAUAUUGAAACCCUUAUUAACGAUAGCAAAAACAAGGCUCCCAUUAAUGAAAUCGUUGUCUUAUCUUACAACAUCAUUGAAUCCUUAUAACCUUUGGUUGAUGAAUGUGGUAUUAAGGCUAACUUACACAUUCCCGCUAUCACUUUCCCUGAUCUCAAUGGUUGCGUUGUUGAUACUUAAGGUUUAGUUAACUCCAUUAAGGAAAUUAGAGAUGAUAUCAAGAAUAAGGAUUUCGCCAAGAUUUUCGAUCACGUCUCUGCUUCAGUUGCUUAUUUCUAAUAAAUCUCUAAGGAAUGCAAGCCCACCAAGAAUCUCUUGAAAAUCGAUGUUGUUACUUGUUUGAAGGAAGCUUAAACCCUCUACAAGAACGUUGAAACUCUCAUCUAAGACUCCAAGAACAAGGCUCCCAUUAACGAAAUCGUCGUUUUAUCUUACAACAUUAUUGAAUCUUUAUAACCCUUAGUUGAUGGUUGUGGUAUUAAGGCCAACUUACACAUCCCCGUUAUUACUUUCCCCGAUCUUAACGGUUGCGUUGUUGACACUGAAGGAUUAGUUAACACCAUUAAGGCUAUUAAGGAUGCCAUCUAAGAAAAGAAAUUCGAAGAAAUCUUCACUUAAGUUGCUACCGCUGUUACUACUCUUAAGUCUAUCGCUGCUGAAUGCAAGCCCACCAAGAACCUCUUGAAGAUCGAUGUUGUUACUUGUUUAAAGGACGCUUAAGCUCUUUACAAGAACGUCGAAACCCUCAUCUAAGACUCCAAGAACAAGGCUCCAGUUAACGAAAUCGUCGUUUUAUCUUACAACAUCAUUGAAUCUUUAUAACCCUUAGUUGAUGACUGUGGUAUUAAGGCCAACUUACACAUCCCCGUUAUUACUUUCCCCGAUCUUAACGGUUGCGUUGUUGACACCUAAGGAUUAGUUAACACCAUCAAGGCUAUUAAGGAUGCCAUCUAAGAAAAGAAAUUCGAAGAAGUCUUGACCUAAAUCGCUACCGCUGUUACUACUCUUAAGUCUAUUUCUAGCGAAUGCAAGCCCACCAAGAAUGCCCUCAGAAUGGAUAUCUUACAAUGCCUCUCAACUGCCACUAAGGUUUUCAAGGAUGUUAAGAACUUUGUUUCUAUGACUAAGGAUCACUCCCCUGUCAACGAAAUUGUUGUUAAUGCCUUCAACGUUAUUAAGGAACUCUAACCCUUCUUAAAUGCCUGUGAUAUUAAGGCUGACUUACAUAUUCCCGAUAUUGACUUCAAUGACCUUAAUGGUUGCAUUGUUGAUGGUUCAAAUAUCAUUGAUGACUUCAAGACCCUCCAAAAACAAUUAGAAGAUAAGGACUAUCUUUCCAUUAUUGGUACCAUCCAAUCUGCUAUUGCUCACGUCAAGGCUGUUUCUGAUGAAUGCAAGGUACAUAAGAACAACUAACCUACUCUCUAAGCUGCCAUUAACUUGAACAUCAAGUGCGCUAAGAAUCUCGUCAAUGUUGCUAAGGAUUCCUUGAAGGUCUACAAAGAAUUAAGUAAUGAUUCUGUUGAUAUCCUCGGAAAGCUCUUAUCCAUCUAAGGUUUAUUGAAGGAUCUCUAACCCUUCUGUGACGAAUGUGGUAUCGACAUUAAGAUUCCCGAAAUUCCCUCUGACAGCAAGGUUAUUACCACCGUCGAAUGUAUUUCUGAUGUUGCCAAGGCAGUUGAAUCUCUUAAGAAUAUCUAUGUUGAUGCUACCAACAUUAAUAUUAUUAAGGUUGCCAAGGACGUUAAGGAAAUCUACACCAGCGUUACUGCUGCCGUUACUGUUUGCACUCAAAUCAACAAAUCUUCUUUCUGAAGUGAGUGAAAUAAACAAAAUAAACAUUUUUUACUGAAAUAAUAAAAAUUAUUAAAGAAUAUAUAGAUAAAUUGUAGUACAUAUAAUAAAUGGUGUAAAUCCCAUUAUUUUAUAUUUGAUAACAAUUUUCUUUUAACAAAUUUGAGUCAUUUAUUG